GGUUCAUGUUCCGGUUCAUGUUCCAUAGAGAACUUCUUUACGUUUCUCCCUGCUCAAGUCUCCUAAACUUCCCACAUAAUUUUAGUCGCCAUUUCUCAAUUUAAUCACAUCUUAAAAUCCUCUCUCCAAACACAUUCUACUAUUACUAGCAGGCUAGCAGCAUUUUCUCAGUGAAAGAAAAACUCAAUUUCCAUGGAGAUCGAUUUCCAAGAGUUUCAACUUAGCACCGAACUUCGAGGUCACGAAGACGACGUUAGGGGAAUUUGUGUUUGCGACAAUGCGGGAAUUGUGACGUCGUCCAGGGACAGAACUGUCAGAUUUUGGUCGGUUGAUCCGGCGAACAAGUAUAGAGUGCGGGAGUCGCCGAAGAUUAUGGUUGGACACACUAGUUUUGUCGGCCCGCUUGCGUGGAUUUCUCCGAAUGAUGAGUUUCCUGAAGGUGGGAUUGUGUCCGGUGGGAUGGAUACUUUGGUGAUGGUGUGGGACGUAAAGAGUGGCGAGAGAGUCCAUGUUUUGAGGGGUCAUCAAAUGCAGGUCACCGGAAUUGCUUUGGAUGAUCGCGAUAUUAUCACUUCAUCCGUGGAUUGCACUUUAAAACGAUGGAGAAAUGGGAAGGCUGUGGAGUCCUGGGAGGCUCAUAAUGCUCCAGUACAAGCUGUUAUGAAGCUACCCUCAGGCGAGCUGGCCACAGGAUCCAGUGACACAACCCUUAAACUGUGGAAGGGAAAAACAUGUGUACACACGUUUAUUGGACAUAGUGAUACUGUACGAGGUCUGGCUGCUAUGUCAGAUUUAGGAGUACUCUCUGCUUCCCAUGAUGGCUCUGUGCGACUCUGGGCCUUGACGGGUCAAGUUCUGAUGGAGAUGGUUGGUCACACAUCAAUCGUAUAUUCUGUUGAUUCACAUGUCUCUGGUCAUAUUGCUAGUGGCAGUGAAGAUUGCUCGACAAAGAUAUGGAAAGAUGGUGUAUGUGUUCAAAGUAUUGAGCAUCCUGGAUGUGUUUGGGAUGUCAAGUUCUUGGAAAAUGGGGAUCUUGUUACAGCAUGUUCAGAUGGAGUAGUGCGCAUCUGGACAACACAUGCAGAUAGAAUAGCAGAUCCUAUGGAGCGCGAUUCAUAUUUGUCACAACUUUCUAGUUACAAGAUCAGUAGAAAGAGAGUUGGAGGCUUGAAAUUAGAAGAAUUACCCGGAUUGGAUUCUUUACAAGCUCCAGGUACAAGUGACGGACAAACAAAGGUUGUCAGGGAAGGAGACAACGGUGUUGCAUAUUCUUGGAACAUGAAAGAGUACAAGUGGGAUAAAAUUGGUGAGGUUGUUGAUGGACCCGGGGAUGGCCUUAAGCGCCCUGUACUUGAUGGAAAGGAGUAUGAUCAUGUGUUUGAUGUUGAUAUUGGAGACGGGGAGCCUAUUCGUAAGCUGCCUUAUAAUCGAUCAGAUAAUCCAUUUGACACUGCUGAUAAGUGGCUUCUUAAGGAGAAUCUUCCAAUUUCUUAUCGCCAGCAAGUUGUUGAUUUCAUUCUAGAGAACACUGGUCAAAAGGCAUUUUCUUUUGAUCCAUCAUUCCGCGAUCCUUACACUGGAUCCAAUGCCUAUAUACCUGGGGAUACGUCUUCUAAACCUGCUAUUUCUACUAAACCUACUUUCAAGCAUAUCCCCAAGAAAGGAGUCUUAGUGUUUGACGUGGCCCAAUUUGACGGGAUUCUGAAAAAGAUGUCUGAAUUUAACAAUGCUCUUCUCGCAGACAAGGACCAGACCCAGCUGUCAUGUACAGAAGUGGAAACGUCUAGAAUUGGUGCUGUGUUAAAGAUUUUGAAAGAUACAUCACGUUAUCACAGUAGCAAUUUUGCAGAUGUAGACAUUGAGUUGCUGUUAAAAUUGCUGAACUCAUGGCCAUUAUCCAUGAUUUUUCCAGUUAUUGACAUCCUGCGAAUGAUGAUUUUGCACCCUGAUGGAGCUUCUAAAUUGCUCAAACUUAUAAACAAUGGAAAUGAUGCACUAAUGGAGUUGAUCAAGAAAGUUACGAUGAGUCCAGUGAUUCCGGCGAAUAUUUUAACUGGUCUUCGUGCAUUAAACAAUCUAUUUAAGAACACUGGUUUCCAUCAGUGGCUUCAAUUUCAUCGUAGUGAGAUACUUGAUGCAUUUUCUGGUUGUUACACAUCUAAUAAGAAUGUACAACUUGCUUAUUCCACAUUAAUUCUCAAUUUUGCUGUGCUGUUGAUUGAAAAGAAAGAUGAAGAAGGGCAAUCACAAGUUUUAUCAGCUGCUCUUGAGGUUGCUGAAGCAGAAAAUUUGGAUCUGGAUUCAAAGUUUCGUGCUCUGGUUGCUAUUGGAUCACUGAUGCUUGACGGUUCUAUGAAACAAAUAGCGUUGGAUUUUGAUGUUGAGGGCAUUGCAAAAGCUGCAAAAUCUUCCAAGGAUACAAAAGUUGCUGAAGUCGGGUCUGAUAUUGAAGCACUAGCGAAGCAAAGGUAGAUCAGGUUAUUUAGAUGAAAACCACGCAUCAUGUCGCCUUUUUAACUUUAGGUCUCGAUUCUUGAGGGAAGAUACUACCAAACCAACGCAUGAAAGUGAAUCAUAGUGAUCUCCUGAUUUGUAUAGUUGUAUAAGUAUUGUAACCUCUAUUUUUUGGGGUUUUAUAUUUGUAUAACGGCCACUGUGAUUUCUUGUUGCAGUGUUUUUUACGUUAAAAUGUUACAUGAAUGAUUUUUUCCUAGACCAAUAAUAUUAUGAUCUGGGUUCUUUCAAAAACAAUAAAAUAUUAUGAUCUGGGGCC